CGUGAGUGGGAGAGAGAGGGAGGCCGGGCGACGGAUACGAUGCCUCAGCCAGUUCAAUCGAAUCGAUUAUCGAUUAUCGACGGGGGGUCCUGUCAGGCGGCGGCCGGCCGGACUGAGCUGGGGGGGGGGAGGAACUUCAAGGAAGGAGGGGAGGGGUGUUUUCGCUCUGCUGCACUGUGCUUCCCUUUGCCUUUCUCGGGGGCCAGACUUGCCGACCAAAUCCGGUCGGUCGGAUUCUUCCGGUAUGUGCUAUAGGCAGCCCAGAGUCGUCUGUGGUGGUGGUCGUGGCCUUGGUCGUGGUCGUGAUGGUGGUCGUCGUCGCCGUCGUCGUUGCCGGGUGCUAACCGUCGUCGUACUCGUCGUCGCAAUCUCUCGCGGCUGACUGACUCUGACUCCGCCGUUAUGCUUCCGAGCCCUCCGUGUCGAAAGACUAUCCAGUGUCAAUCAGGUCACCCAUCGCAAUCCCCCGCCUCCGAUCGGCCCUCGUCCAUUCCGUGUACAUGGCGGAAUCGACAUUCUGCCUAUUCUGGUCUCGGUUCGCACUCCACGCUCCACUCUGCUCUGCUCUGUCCGCUAGUACACACUCUGGGUACUCUGCUCUGCGUCAUCUGCUCUACUCCGAUAGACUUCAGGGUGCUCGACCUCGACCUCACCUCGUCCUCGUCCUCGUCCUCGCCCUCGACCGUAUCCUGCUCGUCAUCCGGUGGCUGCCCAGCGAAAGCCUCGGACUGUGGGGCGGCUAGAGGAUGUAGUUACUCUAGGGGACGAGCAAAUGAAAACGGAAACCUUCUCCCGUGCUGGCUGCUGCUGCCGUGCAGGACACUCUCCUCGGCUGCGAGCGUCCAGGCAUCGGCGGCAACAACGGCCGAUAUGUGAGGAGACGGGAUGCUACCCCCCCUCCCACCCACCUCCCCC